UGCUAAGACGAUCAGACGCGACACGCCAGUAGCUCCGCUUUCUCUCGCCGGCGACGUGGAAUAGGUGGAAAAAGAAAAUAUUUUGAGAGGAAAGGAGAAAAAGAAAAAGAAUAGAAACGGGAAGAGGUGCAGAGGAUGAAACACCGCUAUUGGCGAAUGGCAAUGGCGCUCUGAGGGAAAGGAAAGGUCUGUCUCUGUUUCUGAAUCCCUUCCUGUGCUUUUUCCUUUUAAAUUACUUUGAUUGCAGAAACCUUCCUUUCAUCCUCUCUCCUUUGAUUGAGAGAGAGAGAGAGAGGAAGAAGAGGGAGGAAGGAAGAAUAGUGUUAGCGUGGUAGGAGAGAGAGAGAGAGACAGAGAGACAGAGAAGGAUGGUGUUGGCGUGCUAGGCGGACUGCGUAUGUGUGGCCGAUGGCGAGCAGUGUGAUAAUGGCGAGCGACGGGCAGCAGCAGCAGCAGCAACAGCAACAACAGCAGCAGCCGGUUUUCCACGACUUCCUUGGCAUGAGCUGUACAGACUCCUCGGCAGCGCUGCGGGCCACAAGUAAGAACAUUGUUGGGGAUCCGCCGGAGGCCUCGUCAGUUGGAGCAUCUUCUAGCCAUCCUCUUGCUUGCCCUCCCUCCGGCUUUUCUCCCGCAGAGAGGCAAGGUGUAAGUAACAUUGGAGUUCAGUUACAAGGACAAAUGAGUAGCUCUUCAAUGCUCGACCGAUAUUCCGGAAGGAAGAGGAGCAAUUCGGACUCGGGCUUCAUCGGAUCAGUGGGCGGCAGAAAGUUACCAAUCGGAGCAGAUUCAUUAGAAGGGGCGCAUUUUAUGAAGAUCGCCCACAAUGAUGCAAGAAACGACAGAUUAGUUAGGCAACAUCAUGAAGAAGUUCUCCUUUCUAUGCAACCACCAAAAACUGUUUCUGGUGGUUCUUCUCUUUCUCAGCCACCAAUGAAUGUGAGAGACUUUGUUGCGUCAAACUUGGAUAGAAUCAUGCCGGCCAAUGCAAUGCCUGCAGCAAACUUCCAUCCUCGCCUUAGUCAGUACACCCAGUAUGGGUCAUUUGCUGAUAAGAUUUCCUCAAGUGUUUAUGGGGACAGCAGCGGAGGUCCUUCACUUGUUACACAGCCUGCUGCAGAUGAAGGUUCAAGAACUGGAAUGAAGGGUUCCGGGAUUGCAAAUAUUGUCACCUCAGCUAGUGGAGCAGCUGAUCGGAUUCCAACAGGCAUGACACCAAGCUGCAGUAGACAAAAGCUUGGACCUCAAACUACUGAGCUUGAAUAUGUUGGUCCAUCGAGUCACAAGGUUCUAUCAUCAGUUAAUCGCCAAAUGACCAUAUUUUAUGCUGGACAAGCACAUGUAUUUGAUGAUGUUCAUCCAAAAAAGGCUGAUGCUAUCAUGGCUUUAGCUGGAUCUAAUGGGCGAUCGUGGUCUACAACAUAUUCUUCCAAAAGUAGCAGGCCUGUGUCCUUAAGUGAAGCUUGUAAAAUGGGCAGUGAUAGUGAAACAAGUGGUAGAAGGACACUUUCUCAUGAUCUUCAAGGGAGGCUGCCCUCUAUGGCCAGCACUGUUACCCGUGGCUAUAGCCACGGUGGCCAGGGUUCAUCUUUGUCAGCUCCUAGUGCUGUACCUGGGAUUCAAGAUGUUGCUUCUGACAAAGAUGCGAAGCUCGCAAUGGUGCAAGCAGACACUCCUGCAAAUCAGGACAAAAAGGAAGUGUAAGAAGAUAUACAUUGUAAAGUAAAAUCUGAUUUUGUAUGUCAUUAGGUCAGAUGUAACAUGAAUUUUGUGAAUGGUGUAGAAUAGUUGAACAAGUCAGCAAGCGAGAUGAGACAGAACCCACUGUCACCAUCAGUUACGUGCUUUCUUAGUUCUUUUCAUGCAAUGAUUCAAUCACACCCAGAUCCUUGGCUUCCAAGUGAUCUGCAUCUAGAGUCUUAUUUAAUCCACUUUCUUCAUGUGAUUUUCUUUUGGUUCA